AUGUACAAAGUCGGACAUAGUUCUGUACCCCGUUCAGCAACUCUGGUUUAUAAUUAUCGUAAUGUUACGUCAAGGUCUGAUAUAUAUGACAAGCACUCUUUGGACCAAUUUUUGGUAGAAGAUUCCCCAUGCAAGCUGCAGAUGGAACUACCUCUUCCUGUAUUCUCUAAUAAGUCUCGUCGAAACACUAUCCCUGUUAAGAAGGAACAAGCCGACUCAGAAACUGUAGAGUAUUUGAAUAGCACUUGGAAGGCUUUUAUGAUGAGGGAUGGCGUGCCGGAUGAUAGCAUCGUUUGCUUCCAACCAAAGAAGGAUGAACGCUACAAAGACUUUGUUCCGUUUGAUGUGGAGAAGUAUCAUGCGGAACGUCUUCUGAAAGCUAUUGAUCUGGAUCCUAAACUUGUCAAUGGAUUCUUUUAA